AUGGUUCAUCUGAUAUCAGCUCUCACUGCUGCCUUUCUGGCUUCCACUGCGUUUGCACACGGCGAUAUCAAGAAGGAUAUCUUGAGAAGACAAGCCCAUCUCAAUCACCCGGAGCGUCGAAGCAUCCUAGACUGCAAGCGUAGUCUUGUAGAUUCCGGGUGGGUCAGGGAGCAGCACCAAAGGCGCGAGGAUAGGCUCCAUGAACUGCGUGUCGAAGCCGGCUUUGCACAAGCACACGAGUUGGUUCGUCGCGACCCUGUAGAAGUCGAAUUGAGCUAUGGGAAAAAGGCGGCAUGCACACUCGAUAUCGAGCAAACUGAUGGCCCUUUCUAUGUUUCUGGUGAACUCAUUCGGCAGAAUAUCUUGUCUGGCCAGAUAGGCCCGAAAGCACAUGUCGACAUCAAUUUGAUUGACGUACGGAAUUGCAUGCCCAUUGAAGGUGCUUAUAUCGAGGUGUGGGGAACUAACGUGACUGGAAUCUACUCUGGCGUGCAAUCCACUGCCAACGGCGAUGGUUCUGCAGACUUUGCUUCAAAUGCCCUGCGUGGCAUACAACCGACGAAUCAUCAUGGCACCGCUUCCUUCAUUACGCUCAUUCCAGGACACUAUGCCAGCCGUACAAAUCAUCUGCACACUAUUGUUCACCAUGACGCCAAACUCCUUCCUAACAACACCAUCACAGGUGGUACCAUCUCGCACGUUGGCCAAUUUUACUUCCAGCAGGACUUCCUCGACGACCUCGAAUCAACCUAUCCCUACAACCUGAACAAACAAUUCCGUCUUUUGAAUGACAAGGAUCCGCUCUUUGUCUACGCUAAUACAAGCAAUGACGACCCCUUCAUGAAGGUAUCGAAGAUUGGCAAAACUUAUGCGGACGGAUUGUAUGCAACAAUUGACGUGGGCGUCAACCCUGAGGCAAUUCAGAACUGGACGUCCCCUGUCGGGAGGUGGACUGCCGAAGGUACGGUGCCUGAUCCAGAUAGUAGAUACGCAGGAUGGCCAGGCCCACGACCUAAUGCCUCGCCUUCACCAUCGCCUUCACCCUCCUCAUCUGCAUAG